CUGGCAAGUGUGUGUGCACCUGAUGGCACCAUGUGAUGGACAUCAUCGCCGGCGGCUCCCAUUAGGGAGGUUUUCCAUCAGUCUCUUUAUGGGAGUCCUGCCUGUUGUCGCUGCGGUGAGUGGUGGAGCUGAUGGAGAAUCGGCUGCUGUGGCCAAGAGGACAGCCGCCUCGGCUGUGAAGGAUGAGCCUUGCCACUGCGAGUGUGUCUGCAAUGGGACUCAUGGGCCGUCAUGGGGAGGGGAGAGUCCCGUGUCUGCCUGGAUGGCAGCUGCUUUCAUCGUUGGGCGGCUAGUGGAGCGGAGGGACUCAUUCGCUGCAGUUCCUCCGGCGGCUUAUCUGCCUCAUCGUGAGGAGGCCGAUGACGACACUCAUGAGCUCUCUCUCUAUCAAUCGCACUCGCUGCCGCGUUAUCAGCGCUCAGCAUCAGCACCACCGGCAGCAGCAAGCCGCCAGCUGCAGGUCGCCGAACCAACCGACGGGCUGACGAGAGAUGUCGCUGAUGGCGUAUCGGCUGACGCAUCUCUGUUGCACGAGUACAGCGACUGGUUCACAGUCUUGGAUACUCCACCUGCCGUGUCGGCCAGUGCAUCUCCGGAGCAGCGUGGCCAUGCCAUGUCAGCUGUGGUGAAGCUGCGGCUGCUGCAGAAGUAUCUGCCGUUCGGUGAGGAUCGCGUGAUGCCCGGCACAUCGAUGCGUGUGCUCGUGGGAUCGGAUGCUGUCAAUGUCACCGAUGCCGCCGAGCCGGUGAUUCAUGAGGACUGCACUGUGUGUGAGGAGGAUGCCAGGGGGCCGCUGAGGCAGUUCAUCCGUUCACUGGAUGUGGAGAUGAGAGGCGUCAACAUGGAUCCCUUCUUCCGCGUGUGCGGUCUGCCCUUCAUCGUGUGCGUUCGCUUCCGGACGGCUCGUGAAGCGUUGCCAACGACCGAUGAGGUCGAGUCAUGGGCCGGAGGGGGGGAAGGGAUGGUCGACGGCUACAUCAUGGUUCUGGACCCCGACCAUGAAGCUCAGCUGAUCUUCCCGGAGGGGGGCGUUCGGUUCCCUACAUCUUUUUACGAUCUCAGGGGGCUGCUGGGCGUGGUCUUGAUGAACGCGCCGCUCGACGGCAGUCUUUCUGAUAGGAUCGGCGAUAUGGUGCAGUUAAGACUGCUGUAUGUCGACCAGGUCAGCGGAGAGGACAGGGGCAGGGCACACACGACCUGAAGUUGUGUGUGCUCCCUGCCGUCUUUGUGUGACUUGUAACUGUUGACAGCUGGCUGUUAUGUUGCAGAGUCAACUGAGUGGCCCACUGCCUGACGCCAUCGUCUCUUUGCCGGAACUACGCGGCCUCUAUUUGGAUGAUACCCAGCUGAAUGGCACUCUGCCACCAUCCUUCCACACGAUGUUCGGCAAAUCACUGGAGGCGCUCUCUCUCAUCCGCAACCCAUUGGGCUUCAACGUGCAUUCCCUCUUCCACGGCCAAGGCGCCAACUCGUCUGCGCCCGCCCCUCCCCCUCAAUGCACCACUUUGAGGAUAGCGAGGCUGCUAGGUGAGAGCAUCACGGGAUCGCUUGAGGGUGCUUUCGAUGGAUGUGAGUCCCUGGAGCUGUUCCACAUGAGGAAUACGGCCAUUAUUGGCGGGCUGCCGGCUCUCGAGGGCCUGCCCAACCUCCACACAUUUCGGCUGGAGAACAGUGAGAAUGUCACGGGCACCAUCCCAGCCGCCUGGGGGAACGUCACCUCUUUGCGAGACUUGAAAAUGAUCCAGAGCAGGGUACGUGAGGCGCUUUAGGCAGGCACAUGCGUGCAUUUGUCGGCUGAGUGUAUCCGGCAUCUAUCGUGUGUCCAUUUCUGGUGCGUGUCCGAUGCAGGGUAUUCGGGGUGCGAUUCCCGACUCGAUCAAUAACCUCACAGACCUUCGAACCCUCUCCAUAUCCAUCACAAGGUCAGCAAAGACAUAGAGAGAUUGCACGACCCCCAUGCAUCUGUUGCUGUGUUGGUGUGUUCUCAGAGUGAACAAGCUGCCUGCGACAAUCGAAGGCCUCCAGCGUCUGUGGGAUUUGGACCUCUCACGAAACCGCCUAUCUGGCGUGAUCCCUGCGUGGCUGUCAAAUAUGCGUGGGCUGAGGAGCAUGCGGCUCGACAGCAACGACUUCGAGGACUUCGAAGGCGACUGGCGAAUGCCACCCAUGUAUGUGAGAAAGAGGAGUCAACACUUCCACGUGACGAGAGUAGUUUACGAUGUGGUUGUGGUGGUGCAUGCUUGCAGGUUGGAGCGGCUGCAUGUGUCCAAAAACAGUCUGAGUCGCAUACCCCCAAACUGGAGACGGCUGGAAACGAGUACGUCAUUCACUCACUUCAGCACCGACUGGCUCUUGUGUGUGCAAUUGACUGUUCUCUGGCCUCGUCCCUGCCUGCUGUCUGUCUUUGUGUGUAUGUGCAGUCAAGACUCUAUAUUUGUCGGAUAACCGCAUCGGUGAUCAGCUGACGUGGGGAAGGCACUCCCUCGGUCUGCGAGCCAUUACAAGUAAGCAAGGAGGGAGGACGAUCAAUCAAUCGCUCGCAAAGCAGCUCCAAUCCAUCGCUGUCUGGUGUCAUAUGGCCGGACAGGUCCGAGCGCCCACAUCGUCGCUGAGAUCCUCGCCAACCCGCCCCCCUACUGGCCGAGCAUCGAGACACUAUCCAUCAGCAGGAACGACUUCAACAUCUCCGUUGACGAGUUCCUCAUGCCAUGGUCGUUCCAAAGCAGCCUCGUCAGCCUCUUCAGCCUCGAAAACGGCCUACACGGCGCCCUCACCCCAUCUGGGGUGACCGUCGUCGACCUGCAACAUGUCUUGAGCGAAGGACUCCUCGACAGACCCGCAUUCCGGCGCUACAAGAGGUCAUUCAUGGCUGCCUAUGGGCUGCAGGAGAACGCCACGAGCAUGAGCAUGGUGGAUCCAGAUGCGAGUGGUGAGCCUGUCGAGGUGGACGAAUUCGUUGACGACGGGUCGGUGGUCGACGUGGAGAAGCUCGACUAUUCCGUCACAGUUGCUGACCUGUACCCCGACAUUAACCUGAGGGCGCUGAAGGGAUUUGAGAAGCUCCAGUGGCUUGGGGUCAACUACAAUGACAUUGAGGAAAUCCGCGAUGGAUGGUAUGCACGUACCAAGACUCAGGCGGUCAUGAGACACACAGUCAACUGUGCCUCUCUGUGUCGUGUGCUUCGUCAGGUACUCUCUCCCCAACAAGCUGCACCGAUUGCACAUCGCCGGCAACCGUCUCCGGAGGAUAAUCAUGGACACCGAGCCCCUGGAAUAUGUGUGGUAUACUCGACACAACUGGAAGCUUCUGCAGCGGGCCAACCUGCAGAAAAACCCAGACCUGAGAAUCAAAGACGUACGGCACGCACGGAUAGCGAGCGGCAUUCAGGGAUUUCGUGUGCAUCCAAUGAUGUAUCUUCCUGUGCAGAUCAAUCCCCACGAGGGUCGACCGUGCUCGGAGAUUUUCGAGGGCCUGUGGCAGGGCAACACUGAGGAACUCUACGCCGACUUCUAUGGUCAGUGUGUGAGCAUGUGACCGACGAAAGAGCAAGGGCCUCUGCAUGUGACACACAUAACAACGGUCUUCUUGUCCCUCCUUCAUUCCUUCAGGAUACCGGCCACUGAACGGGACGGAUGGCGUCGAGUGCACCAGGCUCUGCAUCGAGAGCCAGAUCUUGAAGGUGAGACCACAAAAGAGGGGUGGAUGCCACUCCUUCAGGCCGUCCCGUGUACACCUGCCGUCUGUCUGUCUGCCUGUCUGUAUGAGUCAGGUAGAUGAAACGGUCAACGAAGAGGUAUUGUGUCGUUGCAUACCCGGCUAUGAAGGCCACGGUCGCACCUGCACCAAAUGCCCGGAUGGCACAUACAGCAACAGAGAAGUUGGCACCGACACCUGUCAACCGUGCCCAUCAGGCGAGGGUAAGCGGAGCUCUUCUUCACAGGGGACAGUUGACGCAUCCGUGUAUGAGCCUUGCAUUUGUGCUUGUCCAGUGGCCCUCGACGAUGGGACGGCGUGUGUGUGCGAUCUCGGAUAUGAGUAUAAAAACAACGAGUGUGGGCAAUGUGCGCCAGGUACACAUCCACACGUAAUCAAAGAAUGAGCGGCCUAUCUAGCGCCUGAAUUCGUGUGUCUAUGCGUAUUUCAGGGACGUUCAAGCCAGCGCCGGGGAACGAGCUGCCGUGCUUUUCAUGCCCCGGCAAACAGUUCACUUCUCCGCCAGGCAGCCGAUCCGAAGGAGACUGCUUCUGUGAAGCCCCGUACUCUCUGUAAGCCACUCACUCACCCACCAAAUCGGUUUCCGUGCUCAUUCUGACCAUCUCGUUACCUGUAUGCCUGCCUGCCUGCCUGCCUGUUUGCAGCGAUCGCCUCCGAAAGGAGUGUUUCCUCAUGCCAACUGAGAGCCUGAUGCCGAUGCCAUCCCCCAACAGCUCAACCCUCUGCGUCACGUCACAUGGCAACGGCACCGAUGAUGUUUCCGCCAACAGCGCCAAGGACGAAGGCAUACUGGUCGUCACCGACUACCAGCGUCCUAGACCCCCUCUCGUGAAUCCUGGAUGGUACGAGCUGGAUGUGGAUUGUUUUGUCAACGUGCCCGUGCUGCCCGCCAAGUCGACAGAGGCGCUCUCCAGAGAGAUCUGCAACCAUCAUGACGCCAUCAUCAAACUCGAGAUGUGGCGUGCAGAAGCAGUCAUCCCGGCUUUCAACCAAACUCUGCAACUCGGUCUUGUGCGCGGCAUCCCCCUGUCGGCAUACACAUCGGAGCCUGAACUCAGUGCAGCAAAUGUGAAGUCUGAGCGGCGUAGUGCGCCGCUUAGGGGGGCGGGCGGCGGUGAAGCUGUUGCAGAAGAGCUCGCUCUGCCGCCCGUGUGGGUGGACCCUGAGACGAACGUCACCUACCGACGGCUGCCGUUGCCGAUAUCAACGUAAGUAUGUGUGUGCCAUACACAUUCUGCGCCGACUGCUGGACGUCACUGUGGUUUGCUUAGGUAUGAUGCACACGUGACUUCGAGGCAUGUGUUGGUGCGGUGUCCUGUUCCGGAGGCCUGCGAGGGUUCGGACUGGGACAACACAACACAGACCGUCACAAAGCUCAACAAAUGCAAGGCAAGACGAGACGGCGAUAUGGCGCGACGGACAGCUCACUUACUGGUGUGUUGUGUGUGUAUCGUCAUCGAUCAAGCAGGAGGGUCACACGGGUCCCAUGUGCGGCAGCUGCGACAAGGGGUGGCGGAGUGUGGGGACACUGUCGGGUCUGUGCAGGAUGUGCGGCAGCCACGGGUGGAACAUCACGGGAGCCAUCGUCCUGUACGUGGUCGUCUUGAUCGUCAUAUUCAUUGCCACCACACUCUCGCAGAGGUGCGGUGACACAAACGGCCGACUGGUCUGCUGCAUGGCUCCAUUCGUCGGUUGUGUGUCCCUGCAUAGGUCGAGUGUGCUGCCUCGUGCUCAUGUCCACGCGAUGCUCAUUAAGAUCGGUCAGCAGUGAAAAAGACUCAGAAAGCGAACGAGACUGUCACUCAUGCGUGUGUCUGUCAUUCACAGGUCUCAACCAUCUCACAGUGGUCAGUGACUCACUCAGUCGGACACAGAGCCAGCCAAGCGACGAAUGAAUCCACCUCGCUUGUCUGACUGUCGUGUCCGUCUGUCUGUCUAUCUGUCUGUCUGUCUGUCUACCUGUGAAUGACGCAGGUGAGUGCCCUGACAUUCUUUGGCCUCCAGUUCUCUCGCAUGCUCCCGCCCGAGGCCACUGAGCUCAUCAGAUGGGCCUUUAGAUGGGACGGUAAGUGUAUGCGCAGCACACUGAAGGCAAGCAGACUGGCUGCAUCGUUUGCAUGCCUUUUUGUGUGUUGGUGCAGGUGGAGUGCCGACGGCAGACGUCACGUGGGAGUGUCUGUUGAAAGACAACGGGAUGCGGGGCAGCGACGCUAUGCUGGCCAGGAGAGCUGCGUGGAUCGUGUUUCCCCUCGUAUGGUCAGUCAGCCACCGAGACAGCCCGAUCCGCUGUGAUUGAUUCAUGUCGCUUCCCUCCUCGCGUUGUGUUGGUUGAUUCACAGGUUGACCGUCGCCACACUCUGCUGUAGGCGGGCUGUCAACUAGUCACUCCAUGCAUAUUCGUGUGCUGUCCUUUGUCAGGGGGUCUGUGGCGGAUCCUGCCGCUCCAUUGCAAGGCCUCCAACCUCUCCCAGCUGUGCUGCCCAGGCACAAACAAGCCCGACACAGACGACGACGAUGAUGCAGACUCGCCACAUCAACAGGGGCAGCAACAGCACCAAACCCAGCGCGCCUUCUCAGAGUCAGGCAGUGCCUCCCGGUCUGCUAUGCGACAGUCGCACUCCGACAACGUCAGCGAGAGGCGGCGGAAACGGAAGGACAGGUGGCUGCAGUACUUCAUUUGUCCCCAACUAUGGGUGGUGUGCCUCACAUUCAUCCACCCAAGUGAGCCAGGCACACAAUCAAACAGACCAGACAGAUGAAGAGGUCGCGUGCUCUUUUUGUGUCCUUGCCUGUCGUCCUUAGCCGUGACGCGUCAGCUGCUGGAGAUCCUCCCCUGCCGCACCUUCCCGACCAUCCGCUUGUCAGAGCCCCCCGGCGAACCCCUCGAGGGGCCUUAUCCAACCAUCCGCCGCUCAUUGCUCGACCCCUCAAUCCUCUGCUACACCGGCCAGCACCUCACCUUCACCAUCGUCUCCGUCGUGGGGCUGUGCGUGUGGUCCUUCGGCCCGGUCAUCGCGGCACUGAGCAUUCUGUGCUCGUACCAGCGGUCGGGGCGGCUCUACAAGCGGCAGACGCGGAAGAACCUGGGAUUUCUCUACAACGGCUACCGUCGGUCCUUCUUCUACUGGGAUGUCUGUUUUGCUUUGCGGCGGAUUGCGGCUCUUGUCAUAGCGCAGGCGGGUGCGUCUUUGGGUGACGAGAUGAUCCAGCUGGUGUGUUGGCAGCUCGUGGCUGCCUCGUCGCUCAUCGUGCAGCUGUGGGUGAGGCCAUUCGACAGCAGAUCCUUCAACAUACUCAAUCGCAUGGAGGCACAAGGUAUGUAGGCGGCCGGGCCACACUGCCUGCAUGGUCGGGUGCGUCAAUGUGUUGGUCUGUCGAUCGAUUGAACUCAGGUUUGCUGAUUUGGAACAUCUCACUGUGGUGUCUGAUGCUGCUGGCGUCGACAGCCGCCCAUCCGACUAUGAUGGCGUUGACAGCCGCCCACCCGACUGUGAGCCAGGAGUUUCAGGAGGUGCUGGGAUACGUGCUGACGACCGUUGUGGUGCUGAUCAACGCCUAUCACAUCAUCGCCCUCAUUUGUCACACUGUACAGCAUUCGCUCGAUGUGCUGAUGACGUCCAUCCUGAUUCUCGAGCACCUACCGGACAGUGCUCCCGGUGCCCGAGAGAAGAGGGACGGCAUCAUCAUGGCGGCUAUGCGUCGCAUCGCCUUCACUGUGGGGGAUUGUGAGGACCGCCGACGAGCAAGAGUCCCAACAGUGUGGCUCGACGCCGACGGCAGUGAGCUUACCAUCAUCCUUGACAGCAGCAAGGGCAAGGGCGGCGGCAAGGGGACGGCAGCCACGCCAUCAGGCUCAUCUGGCUCACGUCGACCAAGCAAGCCGCCACGCAGCCGCGCCCCUGUCGAGGGCAAGGUGGUGCUGCAUGCGUCAUCGCUGCCCCUCCCCGUGCCUAUGACGACGCAGAGCGCACCGCCUGCGCUGCUGGAGGUAGCACCUGGGGCUCAUGACGGCAGCUUACGCAAGAAGAACACGGCCACCAGUUUGGACGACCUGUACUUCGACUCUUCUGCCACCGUGCAAGUGCAGCAGCUGCCCGUCUUUGCCCCCUGCCUCUUCCCGCCCUGCUCCGCCGACCACACGGCCGCAGCGACCACCCGGUCCCUCCCCCCUUCCGUCGAGGGCGACACUGGCACGUCACUCGGCCCCCAUCUCCCCAUAGCCGGGCAGCAUCUCGGGUCGAGAGGCGACCUACCUGCUGCCAUCUGGUCCGCGGCGACCGACAGCCUGCCACCAGACCAGGCACAGCGGAUUCCCCAGGUGAUCGCAUCCACCCACUCGCUGCCCGCCAUGGAGCACAGCCAGCGCACCACAGUGACCGAUGCUGCCGAGCCGUCCUCGGUGGCACCGACCGAGCCGUCAGUCCGUUCUGCCAAUCCGCUGAAGGAGGUGUGGAAUCGCAUGUCAACAGCGGCGCUGACUCUAACUACACGGACAAUGCGUGCGCGUCGUGUGGAGAGCGACCGGCGGAAGCGGUGGUGUUCUGAGGUCAUGCGGCUGACGAGUGAGUCGAUGCAGGAGGUCAUCGAGCAAGUGGGCAUCCAGGCGGUGCCGAGUGAUUUCGUCGAGUUCUUGUGGAGCCAGACCUUUGAUGUGUACCGUCGGAGGAAGAGGACCAUCAAGGAUCCGACGUCAGGCAACGAACGGAUCGUCCUCUUGCCGUCCUUGGAACUGAGGGUAUGCACAUGCACAUACAUAUACAUAAAUGUACACAUGGCGUCUCCGCAUUUCGGUCAUUUCUGUUGUGUUGCGCACAUGUGCGCAGGUGGCCACAAGGUCGUCGUUGCGGAGGGGGUCUUCGUCAUCCUUUGUGGACCUGAUGAAUGCGAUUCAGGAAGAGGCCGUCACCGACGACACCGCAAAGACCGAAGGCAUACCAUUCACCGACUUCCAGGUAACCAAACAAGCACCAGCGACAUCGUAUCAGUCUCGCAUCUCCUCUCUCUCUCCCUGUUCUCCCUGUCGCUCUGUGUCUGGCCAUGUGGUACGUGCAGAGUAGCAUGGCGUUCGUUGUGGAUCGGCUGAUCAAUGCUGGCCCCGGCUGGAAGGACGUGUAUGCCGCCUUCAAGACGGCAAGGCAAGCGGACAAGGGUCACCAGGCGAACAACGGCCGUGUGUCGCCCCGAUGACUGAGUGGCUGCAUGUGUGCAUCCGUGGGUGUGCCUACAUUCGUGACGUGCGCGGUAUGCCUCUUCUGUGUUCAUCUUUUUCUCGGCUUUUUGCCGUCCCGCUGUGGUGCGUACCAGUCAGCCAAUUGUCUGCUGCUCGUACCUGUCGCACUGUGAGGCUUUGCCGCUCACACGCGCUUCCGUAAGUCUGUCUGUCUCCCGUCAAGUGACUUCGAUCGGCUCGAGUGUAUUUAGAGCGAUGUGACUUUAUCUGCGCCCUGUUAUGUUCUAUUAUGUGGGUAUCGUAUUGGCGUAAGGAGCGUCGGUGUGCAGUUCAUGAGUGGAUCGAUGGUCGCUGAGCCGACGUGCGCCUGUCUUAAUGGCAUUUAACUCGGUGUUCGGUGGGACAGACAUUGUGUUCGAUGAUUCAUCUUAGUUGGUGCUCUCGUCUCUACCCAUGUGUCUGUAGUCAAUGUCCC